UCUGUGAGCAGGGUUUAUUUUUUUUUCUGUGGUGAGCUCAUUUCACACCAUCUCUAAGCAGGAAGACACGUUACUAUAGGGGAGAAAGACUGCUGGUCAUACUAUUCAGAAUGUGGGCAGAAGAGUGCAAAGCUGUGGUACAAAGCAGGCUGCUAUGUGAAGUUAAAGCUGAUGCACGCGAUGAUAGGAAUGUCAGUCCGUAGUGGUUGUUGAAAGCUGUACCAAUUCAAUAGUUGUCAGGGGCACUGACUUAAUCCCAUGCUAAAGCUACGUCAAAGCAGCGUGAAAGGAAGAGAAAAGGAUUGUACUUCAGGUGAUGCUUUGGAACAGUGUCAGCAAUUUACUACAUGUAGCAAGUUGUAAAGAAUGCAGUUAAUGCUGCUUAGCGAAACCACUGGAAUUUAGAGAAAAGAUAACAUUGCAGGGCACCAGUCUGCCUGAUCGCACUUGAGUUGAAGCACUGUGGAUCGGCUGUGCUGUCUGUUGUAGCAUUUCCCCUUUUCAUUAAGCACGGGAGAUCAAAUGUGUGCUUUUUGCUUUGUAUUUCUUCACUGAAGGAAAAUUCUCAUGUGUCCCUUUGUUUGGUGGGUAGUUUCUUUCAUUGCAAAUCUGGAAAAAUACAGCUGUUAUGCAGAAAUCAUGGAUUAAUAAUAGACAGACAUGGGAUAUCCAGCUGGCUCAGUGUUGUUGCCCUUCCCCCAGGACUUGUAGAUGUUUCUGUCAGAUACAAAUACAUUAUGACUCAUUUCUGGCAGUUAUCUGCUUAAAUAUUUUAUAACUUAUAAAUGCCAUCUACUUGCUAGGAUAUAGGACAUAUGCCAUUGAUGUCACAUGUGCAAAAAGUUAUAUGCAAAUGUGUAAUUCGCUUGAUCACAGUUUCAUAGCACCUGACCAGAAUCGAUAAUACCCGUUGCCCCUCCCUAUGGUUUCUUCCUUUUUGAAGAAUCUACUCCAGACCUACAUUGCAAAGCUUUACAAAGGAAUGUUUGCUAGGAAACAAGCAAAUACAACAAGAAAAAAGGAGAGCAAUAGUGACCAAAAAUUACAAAGACACUCGCAAGCAAAUCAGGCACAAAAUCAAAAAAUUUCCACAAAUUUGAAGACCACUGUCAAACAAUUAGCAAAAUGCCAAUCUGCUCGUAAUUUAUCUGUGGAUGAAGAAGAAGGAAGGGCAGAGUAUUCGCUUUCUCCCACAUUGAGUUACAGGGUGGCCAUAGCUAAUGGACUGAAAAGAAAACUAAGUUCAUCAGAUAAUGACAACCCGUGUCCGGUGGUGGGGUCUUUUAGUAGGGCUACUUCUGAAUCAUUGAAUGAAGUCAGCAUUUCUCAGAAAGUGAAGGAGCAGAAGUCACACACUAUGCCAGUAAGAAGAAAUAGGAAAAGUGUCAGUAGCCUUCCUGCAUCUGAUGGAAGCUCAGAUGCGGAUCGUACAUUAUUACGACUAGGUGCAUUACGUAAACUUCGCAAAUGGAAGAAAAGUCAAGAGUGUAUUUCUUCAGAGACAGAAAUGAGUACAUGGAAAAAAUCUCUUGGUUUUAGGAGCAAAUCUUUGGACAGAACUGGGCGCAUGCAGCAGAAGAGUGGACUAGAACCCACAUUCAGUUCAACUGGCUGCAUCAGUCAGACUCAUGAUGUCAUGGAAAUGAUUUUUAAGGAACUUCAAGGAAUAAGUCAAAUAGAAACUGAGCUUUGUGAACUGCGUGGGCAUGUGAAUGCUCUGAAACAGUCCAUUGAUGAAAUUUCCACAAGUGUGGAAGUGGUGCAAACUGAAAUUGAACAAUUACGUUCUGGAUUUGUACAGUCCAGAAGAGAAACCAGAGAUAUUCAUGACUAUAUUAGACAAAUUAACUAUCAAGGGAACAGUGUAAGCCUAAGAUUUAUUAAUGUACCAGAAGAAAUGCAUGAGAAUACCGAAAGUAUAAUUUACGCAAUUAUAGAAGAGAAGUUAGGACUUACAGAUGCAAGAAAAACUGUUCAGAUUGAACUUGCCCAUAGACUAGGGCAGCGGCGAGACUGUAUCAGUGCAAAGCCCCGCCCUAUUCUUGUAUAUUUUGACAGUCCACAGAAUAGAGAUUUAAUUCUUAAGAAAUGUUAUAAAUUGAAAGGUUCUGGUAUUGGAAUUUCCACAGAGAUCUUUUAUGAUCCAAGUGACAGAAAGGAAUUUUCACUUCCACCAAAAUCUCAGACUUAUGAAAGUAUGAAUAUGAAAUUAACAGCAACUGAAGAAGAGCCCAGAGGCAGUGAGUGGGCAUCCUCAGAAUCUAGUGACAAAGACCUGGAAGAAGACCUUAACAGCCGCAGUUUUGAAAUCAGUUCAAAAGCAGUUUUCGAAAAGGUACUCAUCUCUUCAAAACUAAGUGCAGAAUCUCACAAUGUUGUUAACGUUGACAGAACUGUUGUUUGUAGCUCGUAUUCAAAUUCAGCGCAGUUAUGUAUCGAUGACUGCUCUCGACUUGAAGACACCCAGAAACAGAUAGAGCCUUAUUACAAUGAGCUGACACCCACGUGGCUACAGAGUGAUUACACUGCAACUAAGCUAAGUCGCUCUGAGUCUGAUUUUUCUAAGCUUUGUCAGUCGGUAUCUUACUCUGAAGAUUUUUCAGACAAUCAAUAUUUCAUUAGAGCAGAUGGUGCCUCAGUUGUGUCAUCCUCGGAAAAGGAUCUUUGGUUAAGAGGUAAAGAAGAAGCAGCAUCCUCAUGGGUUAACACCAGUAAUCAGCAGUAUGACUAUGAGGACCAGCAGUACAUGGAACAAACCGAAGUAGAAAAGAUGGAAACUGCUGAUAGUGGCAUGAGCAAUGGGUUAAUAUGUGCAUCUGGUGAUAGAAGCCAUUACAGUGAUUCUCAGUUGUCCUUGCAAUGUGACCUCUCGCCAUGGAAAGAAUGGCAGCAUCUGGAACAAGGCACAGACUCUGGUCUAGACACUUCACAGCAUGUUUUUGCAUCUGAAGUAAAUAGCCCAUCUGAGCAGAAUGUCUUAAGCUACACAACAGAUUUUGAUGAAAGUUACCAGGCUGCUAGCCAAGACUAUGAGGAAGAAAUAUACGAGGCAGCACUGGGCACUUCAGAAUGCAUUGGUUUUGAUGGGGAAUCUCAAAAUCAGUGGGAAAGUACAUAUGACCCCUAUCAUGACUCGUAUUCUACUGAUUAUUAUCAGUAUCAAAAUAGAUCUCCACUAAGGUGUCAUAGCCAGAGUGAGCUACCUAGUGAUAAUGACACAGCAGAGACACCUGCUAAAUCCUGGCAUAGUCGCCUUAGUAUUGAUCUCUCAGAUACUGGAUUCAGCUUCCAAAAAUUUGGAUCAUCACUUCAGCGUGCUAAAUCUGCCUUGGAGGUUGUUUGGAGUAAAAUGGACUCUAGAAGUACCCAGAGUCUGAGUGAAGGUGAAGUAAGAGGCAAUUUUAUGGGUCGUUUCAGGACCUUUUCUCAAUCUACAGCAGGUGAAUCAAGCACCACCCUUGAUUCUGAUAUGUACUAUGAGCCCUACUAUUACAGAGCUGAGGAAGAUGAGUCCAGUGAGCAAGCAGGAGAAAAUGGAAUGGAUUAUGUUGAGGUGAUGGAGGAAGUUCUUGCAAAACUGGAAAAUAAAACCUUUCCUAAAGAAAGUAAUGAGCAGAUGUUAUCACCAGAGCCUUUGGAAGAGUUUACUGUUCCAGCCUUAGCUGAAGACAGUGAUGGGGUCCCUUAUGAUAUCAGCAGUAUUAAUGAAGUUAUAGAGUCCACAGCUGAAAUCUUUGAAGAGGCAGAAACAGGCGAAAAUCACGCUGUUUCAGAAGCAUGUUCAGAAGUUCAUGAAAGUCAGACCACUCCAGAGGAACAUCCUGAAGUUGAAAAGAAAGUUAGAAUAAGACCCACCUUCAAACAAGCUGCUUGCAAAGCCUAUAGGCAACAAAUAGCAGAUAACAGUUCUGUGGAUCAACAGACUCAGCUCGCAAGUGGAAAUGUUUUUGAUGCAUCCAGCCUUUCUAGCCUCAAGACCCCAGGAGGGGUUGGAAGUGUGCUCUAUGGCAUUGACAGCAUGCCAGAUCUGCGGCGGAAGAAGACAAUGCCCAUUGUUCGAGAUGUGACCCUUGCUGCUAGAAAAGCAGGUAUAUCUUUUGCCAUGGUUACUAGAACCUCGAUAAACAAUCAAGAAUUGAAAUUACAUGUUUACAAGAAAACCUUACAGGCCUUAAUCUACCCAAUAUCAUCAACUACGCCGCACAACUUUGAGGUGUGGACAGCAACUACUCCAACUUACUGCUAUGAAUGCGAAGGGCUCCUCUGGGGCAUAGCAAGACAAGGCAUGCGCUGUAGUGAGUGUGGUGUCAAAUGCCAUGAAAAGUGUCAAGACCUUCUCAAUGCCGACUGUUUGCAACGAGCAGCAGAGAAAAGCUCAAAGCAUGGUGCAGAGGACAAAACACAAAACAUCAUUGCAGCCAUGAAGGAAAGAAUGAAAGUCAGAGAGAGAAACAAGCCUGAGAUCUUUGAGUUGAUCCAAGCACAAUUCGAAGUAUCUAAGGAAGACUAUGCACAGCAUUUGAAGGCUGCAAAGCAGAAUGUGUUGGAGGGAACAUCCAAGUGGUCAGCAAAGAUAAAAAUAACAGUGCUUUGUGCUCAGGGUUUACAAGCGAAAGAUAAGACUGGCUCAAGCGACCCUUACGUCACAGUGCAAGUGGGCAAAACCAAAAGGAGGACAAAAACCAUUUUUGGGAAUCUCAACCCAAACUGGGAUGAAACUUUUCACUUUGAGUGCCACAAUUCCACUGAUAGAAUAAAGGUUAGAGUCUGGGAUGAAGAUGAUGACAUCAAGUCUCGAGUUAAACAGCAUUUCAAAAAAGAAUCAGACGACUUUCUUGGACAAACAAUUAUUGAAGUCCGAACACUGAGCAGUGAGAUGGAUGUCUGGUACAACUUAGAGAAGAGGACAGACAAAUCUGCUGUUUCUGGUGCAAUUAGAAUGAAAAUCACUGUUGAAAUUAAAGGUGAAGAAAAAGUGGCCCCGUAUCAUGUGCAGUACACCUGUUUACAUGAGAACCUAUUCAAUUACUUGACUGAAACAAAGUAUAACGGUGUUGUGAAAAUCCCACAAGUGAAAGGAGAUGAGGCAUGGAAAGUGUACUUUGAAGAUUAUGCUCAAGAAAUUGUGGAUGAAUUUGCGAUGCGCUAUGGAGUUGAAUCAAUUUACCAGGCCAUGACGCAUUUCUCCUGCCUGUCAUCCAAGUACAUGUGCCCAGGGGUUCCGGCAGUAAUGAGCACCUUGUUGGCCAAUAUUAAUGCCUAUUUUGCACAUACCACAGCUACAACAAAUGUUUCAGCCUCAGAUCGAUUCGCUGCCUCAAAUUUCGGAAGAGAAAAAUUCAUAAAACUCCUGGAUCAGUUGCACAACCUCUCUGAGUUGACACUAUCUAAAUAUAGGGAUAAUUUCCCAGCAAGUAAUCCAGAGAGGCUGCAAGACCUGAAAUCAACAGUGGAUCUUUUGACCAGCAUUACCUUUUUCCGAAUGAAGGUUCAAGAACUGCAGAGCCCUCCCAGAGCAAGUUCUGUGGUGAAAGAUUGUGUCAAAGCCUGCCUGGACUCAACCUACAGAUAUAUUUUUGACAACUGCUCUGACUUGUAUAACCAGUUGCUGGAUCAGAGUAAAAAACAUGACAUUUCUCGUGAGGAGCAGGGACCCAGCAUCAAGAACUUGGAAUUCUGGCCUAAGCUCAUUACUUUGAUGGUUUCUUGUGUAGAAGAGGACAAGGCAGCCUAUACUCCUAUCCUAAACCAGUUCCCUCAAGAACUUCACAUGGGAAAAUUAAGUGCUGAGGUUAUGUGGCAGCUGUUUGCCCAGGACAUGAAGUAUGCACUUGAAGAACAUGAAAAACAUCGAUUAUGCAAGAGUGCUGAUUAUAUGAAUUUGCACUUCAAAGUAAAAUGGUUUUAUAAUGAAUAUGUGCGAGAUCUUCCAGGUUUCAAAGAUGCAGUAGCAGAAUAUUCUUUGUGGUUUGAACCUUUUGCCAUUGAUUGGCUGGAUGAAAAUGAAGAUGUGUCAAUGGAAUUUCUUCAUGGAGCACUUGAGAGAGACAAAAAAGAUGGGUUCCAGCAAACCUCUGAGCACGCUCUGUUCUCUUGCUCUGUUGUGGAUGUCUUUACUCAACUGAAUCAAAGUUUCGAAAUUAUCAAAAAAUUAGAAUGUCCUAAUCCUGAGGCACUGGCACACUUCAUGAGAAGAUUUGCGAAGACUAUCAAUAAAGUUCUCCUCCAAUAUGCUGCCAUUAUCUCAAAAGAAUUCAGCUCACACUGUUCUAAGGAAAAGCUGCCUUGCAUCCUGAUGAACAACAUCCAACAACUGAGGGUCCAGUUGGAGAAAAUGUUUGAGUCAAUGGGUGGUAAAGAGCUUGAUGCAGAGGCUAGUGAUGUCUUGAAAGAACUGCAGGUCAAACUUAAUGGUGUCUUGGAUGAACUGAGCUGUACCUUUGCCAUAAGCUUCCAGUCCGUAAUUGAAGAAUGUGUGAAGCAGAUGAAUCUUGAGUUAUAUCAAAUGAGAGGAAAUGGGAGUGCAUCUACCAACAGGAACAGCGCAGCCCUCCAUGCAGAAACUGUUCUGAGGCCUUUAAUGGACCUUCUGGAUAAAAACCUGACACUGUUUGCUAAAAUCUGUGAGAAGACUGUCCUAAAAAGGGUUCUGAAGGAGCUUUGGAAAUUAAUUCUGAACACAAUAGAAAGAAAGAUUGUUUUGCCUCCGCUAACUGACCAAAGUGGAGCACAAAUGAUCUUCAGUGCAGCAAAAGACUUGGGCCAAUUAUCAAAGCUGAAGGAACACAUGAUUCGCGAAGAAGUCAGAAGUCUCAGUCCACGUCAAUGUGCAAUAAUGGAGGUUGUGUUGGCCACCAUAAAGCAAUACUUCCAUGCUGGAGGAAAUGGCCUGAAGAAGACAUUCUUAGAGAAGAGCCCAGAUUUGCUAUCCUUAAAAUAUGCACUCAGCCUCUACACCCAGACAACUGAUGCCCUGGUUAAAAAAUUUAUCAGCACCCAGUCUUUACAAGCUCAAUCUACAAACGGCUCAGUGGGAGAAGUGUCAAUUCAUGUAGACCUCUUCACUCACCCUGGUACUGGAGAACAUAAAGUUACAAUUAAAAUUGUUGCUGUCAAUGAGCUGAUCUGGCAUACAACGGCCAUGUUCCGACCGUUUGUAGAAGUUCACGUGAUUGGACCAAAUCUCAGCGACAGGAAAAGAAAAUUUGCCACAAAGACAAAAAACAACGUUUGGUCACCGAAAUACAACGAGACAUUUCACUUCAUUCUGAGUAACGAGAGUGGCCCAGAGUCCUACGAGCUACAUGUGACCGUGAAAGAUUACUGCUUUGCCAGAGAAGACCGGAUUAUUGGAAUGACAGUCAUCCAGUUAAAGGACAUCGUAGAGAAAGGGAGCUGUGCAUCGUGGUACACUCUCAUCAAGAACAUUAACAUGGAUGAAACCGGCCUGACAAUUCUCAGAAUACUCUCACAGAGGACCAAUGACGAAGUGGCCAAAGAAUUUGUACGCCUCAAAUCAGACACCAGGUCUACUGAAGAAACCACAUAAGAAGCAGAAGAGAGAAACUGCAGGGCAGCAGAAGUUAUCUUUAGUGCAUGUCUGUUUUCAAUGUGUGGGUAUGUUUAUCUGAAUAUGUGCAGGUGUGUGCAGAAAAUUACAAAGUACUUCAGGCCACAGUUCCAGUGAUGAGAUGGGGCGGAUGUUAUCUCAGUCUCUCAGACAGUUAAUUGUUCUGAUAAAGUGCCAAAUCAAGAUUACCCAAGGGAAUUUUCUCCUGGUAUUUUGGGUUUUUUUCAAUUUGCUAAAUGAUUAAAUUCUAACACUGACUUGCUGUUCUGUGGUUUCUAACACUAAGUAUUGGUCCUUCAUUUGUGACAGGCAUUGUCUCUCUACUUCUGCGAUGUUGGGCUGUGUCUAUCCAGAGCAUGUUAAUGUAUCUCAGCUAAGUUACAUCCUAAAGUUUACUAGUAUACAUUACAUUUUUGUAAAUUGCAUUUUUUCUCCCCGCACUUCGACAUUUAUAUUGAAGUAACUUUACGACAUCCAUAUUGCUUCUAAUUUUCACUCUUAGUUUCCCAAAUUGCAUACUACCGGUCCUGACAAAGGGAGCAAGACAAUUAGUGUCAGCUUUGCUUAUUUUCUUUUUCUGACACAUCACUGUGAAGAUGAUACUUAGCUGACAUUGUAACCGAUUUUAUUAAAGAGAAACCAGUUCAUAAACAAACUGGCAUUGUUAAUUUCCAAAAGUUGCCAAAGGGAUCCAAGGCCUAGUCAGUACUUUUUAUGCCACAUUAAAGGGGCCACAUAUGUUUACAAAGCAACGGGCUGUUUUGGUGAUUUGAAUAGAAAAAUUACUAUGUUUCUGAUAAAUAGUGAAGCUGUUACUAUUUUCAAUGAUGCAGUUGCAAAUGUUGCUUUAUAAAACAGUAAUAUUGUUCCUGCUGUAACCCCCAUUGUUUCAACAUUUUCAACAACUGGUAAUUAUGCAACAUCCUUAUGUAUUGCACUGAUGUUGAAAUGAGUGUCAUGUAAAUAUAUUUAGUGAACAAUUGUACAAUAAAGCAUUGGAAAAUUCCA